AUGAAAUGGCCCGUGGGACUUAUGGUGGGACCUAUGAUGGGUCUCAAUUUUCAGCGGGUUUUUAAUUUUUGGUACAAAAGUGGUACAAAUUUGUUUUCGCUGGCUGGCGAGACACUGAGGGCGUCAAUGGCUCGUGGAAAGAAGACGGCAGCACCGCUUAAGGCGUCCAUGCCCAAUACUGCUAACAACAACAAAGGUAACAAGAAGACAGCAGGUAUUGUGAUGAAAAAGCAAAAUAAAUUUCAGAUACAAACGACACCCGUAAAAAUUAUCAAGCCAGAGGAUGAUGAAGACAAAAGUGACGACGACAAUGAGACCAGCGACACAGAGGAAAGCGACGAUGCUGAUGAUGAAGAGGACGAUGGGUUUGAAGAUCAAGGUUCGUCUUCCGAUGAUGACAGUGGCGACGAAGAGGAGGGAGAUGGCGAGAUAUCGGAGCUGGAGAAAAAGACGCGUCGUUUUACUGUGGAUCGCGAAAGGGAGGUGCAAAAAAUGCGUGAGGACGGUUCGCUUUCAGUGGCAUCACGACUUCAUGUAGACGACCUGUCUUCUGAUGACGAAGAAAAUGUAAAUACUAUUGGCAACGUCCCACUUCGGUGGUACGAGGACUACGACCACAUUGGGUACAACAUUGACGGAAAGAAAGUCAUGAAGUCAAACAACGGCGACGGUAUUGACAAUGCGAUCGCUGCAAAGGAUGAUCCAAAUUAUGACCGUACUGUGUACGAUGCUUACAACGAUCGCAAGAUUGUUAUUUCGGAUCGAGACAUGGAAAUCAUUCGUCGGAUGCAAGCUGGUGCGUUCGCUCACCCAGAGUUCGAGGCUUACCCGGAAUACGUCGACAUUUACUCUUCAAACAAGAUCAUUCACUCUAUGGGCAAUGAUCUGGAGCCUAAGAGCCGAUUCUUGCCGUCUAAAUGGGAGCGCAUGAAGGUAAUGAAGAUCGUGAAGGGCAUCAAAGAAGGUCGCAUUAAAGUCGAUCAGAAUCCCGAGAAGAAGCCUGAGGUUUAUCAAAUGUGGUUUGACGAUGACCAGGCGCAGACUCGUAAAGGUCCAGCUCAUGUGCAGGCACCAAAGAUGCCACUUCCAGGACACAUUGAGUCGUACAACCCUCCUGAGGAAUACUUGUUUACGAAAGAAGAGCGUCGAGCUUGGGAAGAGGCCGACCCUGAAGAUCGUGAAACAAACUUCAUGCCGAAAAAGUUUAAAUCACUGCGUGAAGUUUGCGGCUAUGGUGGUUUUGUGCGGGAGCGCUUCGAGCGCUGCCUCGACUUGUACCUGGCGCCUCGUGUCAACAAGCGCAAGCUUAACAUUGACCCUGAGUCCCUUGUGCCCGAGCUUCCAAAGCCUCAAGAUUUGCGUCCUUUUCCCAAUACGUUGGAGCAUAUAUUUAAUGGUCACACUGGCCGUAUCCGCUCGCUAGUUGUGGAUCCAUAUGGACAGUACGUUGCGUCAGGUUCUGAUGACUUUACCGUCCGCAUAUGGGAGUUGGAGACUACGCGUUGCUUGCACGUGUACAACCUUGGUGCGGUUGUGCACAAGCUGGCGUGGAACCCAAACAAAGAUCAUCAAUUGCUGGCUGUCGCAGCUGCCAAGAAAGUUUUUGUAAUUGCGACCGGAACAGGUAGCGCAGACCAAACAGAACUUACUAAUGCUCUUGUGGGCGAUGCCGAUGACAGCAUUCAUAUGUCCAGCGAACAGGAAGAAAAUGUCCAGAUUGUGAAUGAGGAUGAAGCGAAUGUGGAGGCCGACGCACUUAAGAAAAAGGUGCCAAUAACUUGGCGUUUCUACAGCGGCACAAAGGACGAAGACAAAUUAAAGCAGGUAGAACAGCUGUGGUUGGAUCGUCGCGUAGGCACCGGUAUUCGUGUGGUGCUGCACCACACAAGCGACGUCAAGAAUUUGGCAUGGCAUUAUAAGGGCGACUACCUUUCUACCGUUGCUCCCGGCGCUGGUUCUGGAGCGGUAUUGAUUCAUCAACUCUCAAAGCGAAAGACUCAAAACCCGUUUCAAAAGAGCUUGGGACAGGUCCAAUGUGUGUUGUUUCAUCCGUCUAAACCAUUUUUCUUCCACGCUACUCAACGCCAUGUGCGUGUGUACAACCUCGUGAAGCAAUCAAUUGUCAAGAAACUGUCUUCAGGUGUCAAGUGGAUUUCGAGCAUGGCAGUACACCCGAAUGGGGAUCACUUAUUAGUGGGUAGUUACGACCGAAGAUUGUGUUGGUUUGACUUGGAUCUGUCAUCGAGGCCGUUCAAGACGCUCAAAUACCACGAAAAAGCAGUACGUGAUGUGUCAUUCCAUCCCAAGUACCCAUUGAUGGCGUCAGCUUCGGAUGACGGCACCGUUCACAUCUUCCAUGCGAUGGUCUAUUCGGACCUGAUGAAGAACCCACUCAUAGUGCCACUGAAGAUCUUGCGUGGUCAUGAAGUCACCGGCGGCCUCGGUGUCAUGGCAUUAGCCUUCCACCCUAUUUUGCCAUGGGUGGUGACGGGUGGUGCCGACGGAUCUAUUCGUCUCUUUCAAGACAUUCACUAA